CUCAAUGCUCUACGGGAGUUACCUAUUGCUCUGAAUGUCACAGGACAAAAUCAGUUCUAGUUCUAUUUUGCAUUAUACAAUGUUCUUAAUUAAUGUGAACUUUUAGAUCAUCUUAUUGUGCUGGGGUCAUGGGAUUCGGACUUGACAAUCUUCAAGAGGUCAAUACAGGAAAUCAUGGAUCGACAAAGGUUGAUUACUUAACACUUGAAUUUCUGUACAGCAUCCUUAACUGGGAUCAUGCGGAUUCUUAUUCCUGUGAUCUCAACGAUAUUAAAAAAAUAUCUGACCAGAUGCCAACAAAUUCAAACGGGAGAAAUCCAAGAGCAAUAUAUGAUGAGCCAAGAAAUGUAUCCACUGGUCCGCACCACUACGGCAAACCUCAUUUGGAUCGUAUGCAAGUCGACAAAUUGAGAGCUCUACGUCACUUUGUUAAGAGGGGAGGUCUUCCUGUGGGUACCUAUCUUCAAGCGCUAGUGAAACUUGCAACUCCAUUUCGGAAAUCUUAUGGUCCGCUUGGCUAAAUUUGGCAAGAUAACGAUCGCUUUGUCAUCCUCAUGCUGCUGGAUGGAGUUUUCCUUUUGGAGUUCUUAUCUGUUACUAGAGGUAAUCAAAAGUAUUCUGAUUACGCUGCAACCGAUCCCAUAUUUGGGCAUGAGGGACAUGUCUUGAUAUACGAGGUUAUAAUGCAAGACUUGUUGAUGCAUACAAACCAAGUGCCUUAUCUAGUACUCUCGACGUUGCUUUCGGUCUCAGAAGGCCUUCCUGAAAAGAGCAUACAAAGCAUCCUAUCGUGGAUGAUGUUCGCCCCGAAAAUAGAACCAGGCCUGCACUUAUUAGACAUGUAUUUAAAGGGAUUGUUGGCUGAAGGCCAACGUGCGGAGGAGGAUCAGCCGCAGGAAGAUAAAAAUGGAUGUAUUUCUAUUUCCAAACUUUAUCACAAGUAUGGUGUCAGAUGCGUAAGAGUUCAGAGCUUCGACAACAUCAAUUUCGAUAAGAACACUGCAACUCUUGAACUUCCUAUUAUCCACAUCAACAAACAGAAUGCACCUAAAUUCGUCAAUUUGAUAAUAUAUGAACGUCGGGAGGGUACCAAAAACAAGGAUUUGAACUCUUAUUUCGACUUCAUGGGAUCUCUUAUCCAGUCGCCUAAAGAUGUUAACCAACUCCGCUGCCAAGGGAUCAUAGUUAAUUCUUCCAGCAGUGACGAGGCUGUCAUGGAGCUGAUAAAGGAAAUCACAAAGGAGACUGUGCGAGGAGAUAAGACGUGCACGACUAAUCUGGACAAUCAAAUGAGAAAAACACCUACAACAUUUCAGAUUCUCCUGCCUUUUCUAUUUCCUAAAGGACAAGAAAAUGCGAAAAAAUACUAUAACAUACGACAUGUAUGGAUUGUAGGAAGGAAAAUCCAUUCCCAUGAAUCAUAAUCUCCUUUAGAAUCCCUAAGUUGAACCCCAAAAAAGCGGUCAUCUUUAGUGAAAAUUGUA